AUGUCACUGAAAGAUCAUUUGCAGUAUGAUAGGAAAUUCGAUUGGGUGAUAGGUAUUGAGGAAUAUGGCGAUGAAAAUCGCACUUCUAGAUUAGCAACUACUGCAAUGACUAUAAUGGUGCAAGCUUGCUUGUAUGUUGAAGAAGACUUUAUUAAAUGCCUAGCACCCACGUACAUGGGAUCAUUCGAAUUAUCUGGCCGAGAUUUACGGGAUCGUUGUGUAAAUCGUAUAGGUAAUUUGCUUGUACCGAACGAUAACUAUUGCAAGUUCGAGGAUUGGCUCAUGCCGCUACUUAAUGAAAUGGUUGAAGAGCAAAAAAUGAAAGGCAUGAUUUGGUCUCCUCAUAUUAUACAACUACAUGGGGAAAAGAUAAACGGCACCAGCUCAAUAUACUACAGGGCUGCGAAACAUAAAAUACCUGUGUUUUGUCCUGCGCUAACAGGUGGUAUCUUAGGUGACAUGAUAUAUUUCCACUCUUUCCGUCACCCCGGAUUAGUGGUAGAUAUUUUGUCCGAUUUGCGAUGUCUAAACACUAUGGCUGUGAAAGUCUCCAAAUCGAGAAUGAUGAUAAUUGGUGGCGGUUGUUGUUGUUGUAACGGUGGCGGUAUUAUAAAUCGGUGGUUAUAUCACAUAUGCAAUGCGAAAUUGAUGAGGAAUGGAGCCGAUUAUUCCGUUUUUAUUAGCUUCGGAAUUCGGAAUAAUUUACCACAAAUCUCAUCAAUUUGGGGAUGAGUAUGGCUUUGAUUAAUUAAAUAAUCUCUUUGGGCUUCUAGCUCUAAUAUCUCCUGCUCUUUUUCUUUAAUUGAUUUCAUUAAUAAUGAAAUUUUAUUCACCACAUUAUCAAGUUGUUCUUGGCAAUUUUGAUGACAGAAGGAUCCAUCGCAGAAAUAUGAUUCGGUUUGGGUCAACUGAUAUCGAACCCCAAAAGGAAUCACUUCUGCCCUAGCUUUUUCUAUUUCUCUAAAAUAAUCAAAACCCUCCUCCUGAGCAGCAAAAUCCUCAGGCCCUAAUCGAAUUAGCCCGCCAUUUGCGUCCGUCUGUUCAACUAAGCCCCUUUACUUAACCUUAAUUUGUUCCUCAUCCGGAACGAGAAAUGGUGCUGGCAGCCGAAUAGCUUCUUUUUUGGGGUGUCUGUUACCCCCAAAAGUUCCAUCCAUUUUCCUCGCCUAUGAACAUUUUCAUAAAUUUAACGAAAGAAUAUGCAAGCAAAAUGGUUAGUAUAAAACAAACAAAUCUUGGU